GGCUCUUAUCAAGAUGCUCUGAAGAACAACAUCACUGCAACUUCAUGACCAAAGACAAAGAACCAGUUGUCAGAGGCUUCCAUGUUGUCUGCAUUAUGGCCAUAAUAGUUGGAGCUGCAAUCCAGUUCUCUGAUGAAAGUGAAUAUUUGGUAAACAUGUCAAAAGCAAACCUUACUCAUGUUCCAAAAGGUCUACCACCAAAAACCAAAGUCUUAGAUAUGUCUCAAAACUACAUAUCUGAGCUUCAGAUCCCUGAUGUCCGCUUUUUGUCAGGACUGACAGUUUUGAGACUUUCCCAUAAUAGAAUCCGGCAACUUGAUUUUAGUGUUUUCAAGUUCAACCAGGAUUUGGAAUAUUUGGAUUUAUCUCAUAAUCAGUUGCGAAAGAUAUCCUGCCAUCCUAUCGUGAGUCUGAAGCACUUAGACCUCUCAUUCAAUGACUUUGAUGCCCUGCCUAUCUGUAAGGAAUUCAGCAACUUCACGCAACUAAAUUUCUUGGGAUUAAGUGCUACAAAGUUACAACUGUUAGAUCUGCUGCCAGUGGCUCAUUUGCAUCUAAAUUACCUCCUUUUGGAUUUAAGAAGUUACUAUGUGAAAGAACAUGACACAGAACGUCUUCAGAUUCUGAAUACAAAGAUACUUCACCUUGUUUUUCACCCAAAUAGCUUAUUCUCUGUCCAAGUGAACAUAUCAGUUAAUACCUUAGGGUGCUUACAACUGACUAAUAUUAAAUUGAAUGAUGAGAACUGUCAAGUUUUAAUUAAAUUUUUAUCGAAACUCAUUAGAGGCUCAACUUUAAUGAAUAUUACCCUAAACCACUUGGAAGUAACUUGGAAAUGCUUGGUUGGAGUCUUUCAGUUCCUUUGGCCCAAACCUGUGGAAUAUCUUAAUGUUUACAAAUUAACAAUAGUUGAAAGCAUCGACGAAGAAGAUUUUACUUAUUCUCAAACAACACUGAAAGCAUUGAAAAUAGAACAUAUUAGAAACCGAGUUUAUCUUUUUUCACAGACAGCGUUAUACACUGUGUUUUCUGAGAUGAACAUCAUGACGUUAACCAUAUCAGAUACACCUUUUAUACACAUGCUUUGUCCCCAGUCACCAAGCACAUUUAAGUUUUUGAACUUUACCCAGAAUGUUUUCACAGAUAGUAUUUUUCAAAAUUGCUCCACGUUGGUUAAAUUGGAGACACUUAUCUUGCAAAAGAAUGGAUUAAAAGAUCUUUUCAAAGUAGGCCUCAUGACUAAAGAUAUGCCAUCUUUGGAAACACUGGAUGUCAGCUUGAAUUCUUUGAAAUCUGAUCAACAUGAAGAAAAUUGCACUUGGGCUGAGAAUAUAGUGAUGUUAAAUUUGUCUUCAAAUAUACUCACUGACUCUGUUUUCAGGUGUUUACCUCCCAGGAUCAAGGUACUUGAUCUUCACAAAAACAAAAUAAAGACCAUUCCUAAACGAAUCAUGAAACUAGAAGCUUUGCAAGAACUCAAUGUUGCUUUCAAUUCUUUAACUGACCUUCCUGGGUGUGGCACUUUGAGCAGCCUUUCGGUGCUGAUCAUUGAUCACAAUUCCAUUUCCCACCCAUCAGCAAAUUUCUUCCAGAGCUGUCAAAAGAUUAGGUCCAUAAAAGCAGGGAACAAUCCAUUCCAAUGCACCUGUGAGCUAAGAGAAUUUACCAAAAAUCUAGGCCCGCUAUCAAGUGAAGUGCUAGAGGGCUGGCCUGAUUCUUAUAAGUGUGAUUACCCUGAAAGCUACAAGGGAACCCCACUCAAGGACUUUCACGUGUCGCAAUUGUCCUGCAACCCAGCUCUGCUGAUCGCCACCAUUGGGACCAUCGUGCUGGUGUUGGCUGUGACCGUGACCUUCCUCUGCAUCUACCUGGAUGUACCCUGGUAUCUCAGGAUGGCGAGCCAGUGGACCCAGACCCGGAGACGGGCCAGGAACACACCCUUAGAGGAACUCCAAAGAACUCUCCAGUUUCAUGCUUUUAUUUCAUAUAGCGAACAUGAUUCUGCCUGGGUGAAGAAUGAAUUGGUACCUUGCCUGGAAAAAGAAGAUGUACAGAUUUGUCUCCAUGAGAGAAACUUUGUUCCUGGUAAGAGCAUUGUGGAAAACAUCAUCAACUGCAUUGAGAAGAGUUACAAGUCCAUCUUUGUUCUGUCUCCCAACUUUGUCCAGAGUGAGUGGUGCCACUAUGAACUCUACUUUGCCCACCACAAGCUCUUCUGUGAGGGGUCUGAUAACUUAAUCCUGAUCUUGCUGGAGCCCAUUCCACACAACAGCAUUCCCAGCAAGUAUCACAAGCUCAGGGCACUCAUGAAGCAGAGGACUUAUUUGGAGUGGCCUAAAGAAAAGGGUAAACAUGGACUUUUUUGGGCUAACAUUAGAGCUGCUUUCAAUAUGAAAUUAGCACUAGUCACUGAAAAUGAUGAUGUGGAAAACCUAAAAUAAAAUCAGGAAAUCCAGUUUAAGAAACCAUCAUUAACUUGAAUUCAGCUGAGCACUAUGGUUCUAAGUUACCAUCUGAAGGUACUUCCAUCAUUUCCACGCCUGCAAGAAAACAAAAUGUCCACUGGAGAUUGUGCUGGGGGAGUGAGGUGGUGCUCAACUUGUGAGGAGAGA